GUUCGGAAUUGUAAGGUGUGACACUUGUUAGAGCUAUUCGAGAAGCUGUACUUGUACAUGCUGAAACAUUUAUAAGUGUAUUUCUUAGGUUCUUAAGUAGGACUCUACUGAAAGUGCUUUUUCCCGUUGUGCCAUGAUGGGCUGUUGUAGCUCCUCGUGUUUUUCACUGUGAACACCGAUCGCACCAACUCAAACCAAGAAAGAAGAGGUAAAUUAAAACCGAUCGACGCGAAAAUGAGUAAAGUUACGGAAGCCGAUAUGAAGGACGUGGAACUUGAGCUGGAUCCGGAAAAGCAGCCGAUGACUGACGGAGGGGCUGGAAAUUCUCCCAUCGGUACCGAGAAAAAUGGAAGCGUCACGGUGAAGAUAGCGGACGAUUCCGAUGUUAAGUUCACUGGUCUUUCAAAAGAGGAGCUGAUGAAGGUUGCUGGGACACCAGGGUGGGUUAGAACACGUUGGGUUCUUCUGAUCCUGUUUUGGAUUGGUUGGAUCGGGAUGCUGGCUGGGGCCAUUGUGAUCAUUGUCAAGGCCCCACGAUGCAAAUCUCUCCCAGAAAUGAAUUGGUGGAACUAUGGCCCCCUGUACAAGAUUUGGGAUGUGGAUGCAUUCACUGAGGCGGGUGGCCUGAAAGGAGUGGUGGAGAAAAUAGACGACCUGUCUCAGUUAAAGGUGAAGGGUGUGGUAAUGGGACCUCUUCACACUGUCCAGAAGGACCAACCAAACACACUAAACUUUAUGGCCAUAAACCCUGAGGUGGGGACGAACGGGGAGUUUGAGAGCCUGGUGGACAAGGCUCACAAGAAGGGCCUUUCUGUGGUCUUGGAUUUGACACCAAAUUACAAGGGCAGCAACCUCUGGUUUGAUAAAAUCCAGGUGUCCAGCAUUGCUGAAAAACUGAAGGUCGCUAUGUCCCACUGGAUGGAUUUGGGAGUGGAUGGAUUUCAGCUGGGUGGAAUCGAUGAAAAUUUUGUGGAUCCAAGUAUAUGGCAUAGUCUGAAGAAUACUAUUAAGGACAACAGAACUGAUGGGGCAAAGCAAAGGGUCUUAAUUGGGGUGAGCAUGCAGAACACUUCAGCAGCUGUAUCUACGCUCCAUAACAUUUCCACAGUGGACCUGCUGCUCUCCAGGGUUCUGCAGCCCAAUGUCACUGGUGGUCAGUGGGCUCAGGCCAUCCAGCAGCUGUAUGAGUCACGCAACCAGACUGGUCUGGCUUGGAACAUAGGCAGCAAGACUGAGGGGCACCUUGGCACAUUGGUUGGGCCCACGCUGGUGAAGCUCUACCAGAUGUUGUUGUUCACUCUGCCGGGGACGCCAGUGUUCAGCUACGGUGACGAGAUCUGUCUGAAGAGUGAUGUGAACGCUACACAUAAUCCCAAGAUGGUUUGGGAUUCACUGGAGCAUACAGAGGAGAAGAAUGAGACCGUGAAGAUGAUGAGUGAGCACCGCCGGUCCUGCCACUCCUUCUUCAAGACCCUGAGCGACUUGCGGGGGAAAGAGCGCUCCCUACAACAUGGGGACUUCCUGCUCCUUCACAAUAGCACAACCUCUCUGGCCUUCUUGCGGCAGUGGGACCAGAGCGAACGCUACCUGACGGCCCUCAACCUGGGGAAGAAGUCCGUCACGUUGCGUCUGUCUCAUGCCCACCUGCCCGAGCAUGCCACUGUGCUGCUCAGCACUGACCCCAAAACCCACCCCCCAGAGAAAUCCGUGCAGCUGGGAGACCUCAAACUAGAGGCGGAGGAGGCCAUACUGCUGCACUUCCCCUAUACUGCUUAGUCGCUAACAUUCUGUUUGAGUUCCCAGUGCUUUCAUGUUACUGCGUGGGGUGGAUGGUUUGGAAUAUGAAUUAAAUAUAAUGUCUAGCAUCUUA